AUGGGGACAUUCCCAUCAUCACUAUCGCAAUGGAUGGCCUUCCUCCUUAUGUGUCUGGGCUUGGCAAAUGCCCACACGGUCAUCGUUUAUCCCGGCUAUAGGGGGAACAACUUACAUACAACCGGCACCGUUCAGGAAACCAACGGCCUCGGAGUAGCUAUGAGCCCCAACACAACGAACAAUAACUCCUUAAUAUACCCUUAUGGACAGCAAUGGAUCUAUCCUUGUGGAGUGCCUGUCGGCGGCGGCGCGGUCUCCUUCCAACCUGGCUGGUUCCAGGGUCACGCCACAGCAUUCAUCUACAUCAACUUAGGCUUGGGCACAGUGCCCGAGAAUAUGAGCCAUCCCAUGAUCCCACCUUUCCAGAUCAACGGUCCUUCCAAUGAGCCGUACCCGGGCACAGUUUGCUUGCCACAGGUCCCGUUGCCGGCCAACAUCAGCGUGAGUCCAGGCGACCAUGCUACGAUUCAAGUCGUCGAGACGGCUAAACAUGGCGCCGCUUUGUACAAUUGCGUGGAUAUCGAGUUCGCGGAACCCGAAGACGUCGCCGAGGUCACCCGCGAUAACUGCUUCAACUCAAGUCAUAUCGCCUUCUCACAGAUCUUCGCUGCAACGUCGCUGACGUCGGGUGCUGUUGCACAGGGUGCAACGAGAGGGACGUUUACGACGUUAUUACCUGCUGUAUUAGCGGCUGUGAUGGGUGCUAUGAUGAUGUAA